AUGGCGGACAUCGCUUGUUUUACUGUACCUCAGAUUAACAAUCUUGGUGUCGACACUAUCAAUGCACUACACGGCACCCAGGUGCAGGAGAGAGCCCUCGAUGAGAAAGUGGAAGACGUGAAUGAGAAUGGUGAUAGAGAGGAAAAGCCGAGAGCCGAAGUAGGGGACAAAGAAAGUGUCCCAGAUAUUAAACACCUUUACCAAGAAAAAGGAAAAUACCCUUGGAACAUCAGUUGGACUUCAAUAAAGCCUAAUAUGAAUGUUGAAGAGUUCGGCACGAUCAUGACUGUUCGAAGAAAGCGUGAUCCCGAAAAUCAGGACGUGUGGGUGUUGCAUUCAAUUCUUAUCCACAGUAGUCUGCUGAAGGAAACUUUGCGUCGAACCCUUUACGGUGGUGUUGAUAUAUUGGAGGGCGAGAGCGACUUUGUCUUGGAACCCCCAUUCGACUCCGUUUUCCACUCUUGGGUGCAGAUGACAACCUUGAAUGCACAAAUUUCUACAGAAGAUAACGGAUUAGCCCAAUUCAAGAUGUUAUAUAAGGUCUUGUUCGACAAUCUCGGUAAUGUGUUCAAAAAAAUCGAUGUGUUGUUGGCAAACGAAUCAAUCACUUACGAUUUGCUCUGGGCAAUUUUCAAACGCAACGAUGUUAUAAGGACCGUUGAUAGUUGUAAUGAACUCGUGGCUCUUCGAACUCUUCGUUGCGAGCAUCAAACUGGCCAAAGUCCACACUUCUUACUCGAUUGCGAAUACGUUGACACCAAUGGUACUUCUUUUGGCUUAGUAUCUACUUCUCGCCAGAUUAUGCCUUUCAAAGGAACGCGUAAAACAAAAAGUUUAAUUUGCCUUCCUAUGCGUCUUUUGCCAUCUGAGAUGCAGAAAAUACUGAUAACAACGCUUUUGGAUCGAGGCCAACGAUUUGCCGACCUUGUCAGACGAAAAUUCAGACACGUUUCUUAUGAUGGUCUCGAGUUUGGACCAUCGAAGGAGGGAAACACAAAAAAUAGGAAGCUAAGAAAGACUAAAGGACGUAUUAUCAUCGACCCCGAAGCGUUCGACGAUCAUAAUUGGGAGGAAGCACCGAAAGUGAGCAUUUUCCCUGCUGAAUCUGAUGACACACCUAAGAAGCUUUCCCACGGGGAUGAAUUUAUGCUAUGUACAUCAACUGUUCGCGGCUAUUCAUUAUCAUCUAAAUCAUGGGCUACGUUCCUUAUUGGAGGGAUUAAGAAAAUCGAAUGGAAUGAAUCAUGCGUGUCGAAACUUAUGCUACCUAAUGGCUAUAAAGAACUAUUAUCCUCUUUGGUAGAGCAACAGAUGCGAGCCGACGAUGGAUUUGACGACUUCAUCAAACAAAAAGGUCAGGGUCUCAUAAUCCUGCUUAGUGGUAAUCCGGGUGUGGGGAAAACACUUACCUCUGAGAUUCUCGCCGAAGAACAUCACGCACCUCUUUACGUUGUUAGUGCCGGUCAAUUGGGAUACGAUCCUUCUGAAUUUGAGGAAAGAAUGAAAUUGGUGCUGGAGCUUGCCGCACGAUGGAAGGCUAUCUUACUUCUAGACGAAGGUGAUAUCUUUCUGGAAAAACGAUCGACCUCCGAUCUGGCAAGGAACAGACUCGUGUCCAUCUUUCUCCAAAUCUUAGAAUAUUAUUCAGGCGUAUUAUUCAUUACGACGAACCGUGGGGCAGUAAUCGACGAGGCCAUACGAUCCCGCAUUCACAUCCAAAUCCAAGUACCAGAUCUGGACCGAGACACGCGUAGAAACCUUUGGCAAAGUUUACUCGAGCAAAACAAGAUCGAGCACGCUUUACGUGUCGAAGAUUUUGAAGAGUUGUCAGAGAUUGUUAUGAAUGGUCGCGAAAUCAAAAAUGCUAUCAAGUCUUCUGUCUUAAUGGCAAGGAAAAAAGGGUCGCUACCUUUGGAUAUGAAACAUGUUCGUUUUACAGUCGAUCUUUUAGAGGCCUUUAAAAAUGGGACUUAGAAGGAGUAUAUAGUGAAAUGUGGAGUAGUUUGGUUUAGUUUCUUCACCUGGUCAGUUGAGCUAGAGCAAGAGUAUACGCUAUGAUCCGUUCCUGAAGUUAUAUACUGCGAUUGAUUCACGAUGCAAGAGAUAGGCAAUAGUUUAGAUAUGUGAUAUACUACAGGGAAAUAAAAAGGAAGUAUCAUGUAACUUUGCCAUAUAUACCUACCAAGGCAAAAAUGACUAAUCGCCUACUACGCUAGUGAAUCUGUGAGCCCGUGAC